AUGGACUCCAUUAGAAGCUCACAAAUUGAGACAGCCAUACAACGCAUAUCAGAGUCUGUGUUUGUGGGACUGUGUCGUAAAGUUGGGACUUCACAACUGGUGGCCAUGAGGAGAGAUAUGAUGGACAUCAGGGAGAUGGUGAGAAAUAAAGUGACACCAAGUGAUGAGUUGAGUAUGAUGCUGAGUGGAAGUUAUGGAGAAGGACUAAGACUGAAUGGAUCAGAUGUAGACUUUAUGUACUGGCCAAAUAAUCACCAUGUGAUCUGGGAAUUAUCUCAGUCUCAGUAUUACAACACACACAGACACACACUGAUCCUCUGUGACUGUUCUGACAGUCCACCAGGAUUUACUUUGUUAUAUUUACUGUCACCUAGCCUGUACAGAGAAAUCUGGAGAGCGUGUGUUAGAAUGAAUAACAGAUAUUAUGUAUCUAGUUCUAAAUACAGAGAGGUCUCUUUAUCUGCAUUUCAACUACCUUAUAACACCACUCAACAUGGACCCUGUGUCAGUGGAACACUUGGAACACUAGAAUUUGAUAAUGCCCUCUGUUUUGUUAGUGACUUUUGGCCUCCCUCUGCCUUCCCGUGGAUAGACAGAUGUCACUCAUGGCCCCCGCCUCAUGUUGUUGAUGAUAUAGUGAAAAAUGGAUGUCACUUUGUAGCAAUUGGACAUAGGCUAGGAAAUCAUGAAGAUCAUGAAUGGAGAAUUUCUUUCUCUCGAGCAGAACAAAAACUUGUAUAUGUAAUGAAUCACUGUCAAUUCCUAACUUACUGCUUACUUAAAUUGAUCUUAACAGAAAUAAUUAACAAUGGAGUAGGUGAUGAUGAUAAAUUACUGUGUUCCUAUCACAUGAAGACGGCAGUUUUCUGGGUGAUUCAACAAAAUACAAUACCUCACUGGUGUCCACAAAAUCUCCUGGGGGGUUUCUGGGUCUGUUUUAAACUCAUCCUCAAAUGGGUGUAUGAGGGGGUCUGUCCUAACUUUUUCAUUCCAGGCAACAACAUGUUUCUGAGUAAAAUUCAUGGUGUCAAACAACAUCAAUUAUUCAUGAAACUGUAUGCAUUGUAUGAGAAGGGUUUAGCAUUCCUGUUACACAGUCCCUCCAUUAGGUCUUCUAUUAUAGAUGUCCUACAUAACCCCAGAAACUCCAUCUGUACAGAUGAUCGUACUCUGAUUUCUGAGGCUGAGUUUGAUAGAAAUCUAUUAUAUGAAAUAAUAAGCCUUUCCAUAAAACCAGAAAAAUGGAACAUACAAAGAUGCAUUAGAUAUAUACAUACAAUAGAACAGAUGAUAGGUUCACCCCUCCUGACACAGUAUCAAGUCAUUGUGCUACAGAACAGUACUGCUUGUAUCCUUUAGCACACUUUUUUUUUAUUACACAUGAAAACUUACACAUCUGACAACAAACUGAGUUAUAGAGCUGACAAAAUGUCCUGUCACAUGCUGAAAUUAACAGCCAAGUUCGGCUGUAUUACAGACAUGCUGUACAUAGCCAUGUAUUAUUACAAGACACUUAGAUACAUGGAAGCAUUAUCUAUUAUAGAGAUAACCAAGGUCAAGUUAGCACAGCCAUAUGUGAUGUAUACAUGUAACUAUGUAGAUGCAGAGAUGUAUACUGAGGCUGUAGGGGGACAGUCCUGGUCUACAAAGAUGAGACAGGCUGUAGCAAGGGAUAUCCCACUUAUCAAUGAAAUUCAUUACAUCAUUGAAUUGAUACAAGAACAACAGUCUGCUCUACAGAAACCCUGGCCUGCAUUAAACGUUCCACCCUUUAUCCUGUUAUACAUGCUAGAGAUCUUGUGCUACAGACAUGUAGACACAAUGCGAGCACAAACAGCUCUAGAUGAUCUACAGAACCUAGUUCACUAUGAUCAGGGACAGUUUAUAGAUUUAGGUCUCAGAGACAUAUCGUGGCAGAUUCUGGGGAUCUGUCAACAGGUGACAGGGAAUCUCCAGGCUGCUCUAUACUCAUACCAACAAUCUCUCAGACAAGAACCAUACCAGAGAAUACAAACAGCUACAAUUAUCAGAAUUAUUAUUUUGGUGUACAGACUUUAUUUCAAUUCAAACAGCUACAGAAAUGAGAAUACAGAGAGUUUGCCAAUGGAUUCCCUUAAUUAA